AGAAGGCUUGUGGGUUUCGAGGACGAAUGCCGCAAAAUUCUCGAGGAUGGACUGGAAAUGCGAUGCGAAUUCACAAAUUGUGCUGGAGAUCUCUCGACGGUCAGUUGGGUGUCGAACCAGACUUAUCUAGCUGGCACGACUGUCCACAUGGAUUCCCACAACCAGCAGUACAACAAGCCUGGCAACCUGGUUUUGGGUUCUGUUGCCCGCGGCUCAGCUACCCUGAAGGCCUAUCCGGACCACCGGAUUCCCCGGCCUCUGGUCGAGAGGGGUGAGAAUUCCACCGAAGCCAUGCGCGAAUCUCAGUCUCCGUGGCUUUACACCUCAGUCGUGUCGUCUGAUUAUGACAGGAUUCACAAUCGAAUCUACAGCUCCGGCUUCGAUAAGAAGGUGAAGGUGUGGAAGGUUGAUUCAGCUGGGGCUUCAAUGCGUUGUAUCGGUACCUGGGAGCAUGAGGGACCCGUGAAUUUCGUCCAAGCUUCCUUGUUCGACAACCAGGACGAGGCCCUGGUUGCUACGGCCGCGGACGUUCCGACCAAUGCUGUCAGGGUCUAUCACGUUUCCAAAGACGACAGACACGUUGCCCAAAGCCGGUUCAAACCUUUCUCUUGCUCGAGAAUAGUGAAUUCGGACGGCACCCCGAUGGUCAUUGACAAGUGGACAUACUUCCCUUCUACGAUGAGGUGGGGCAUCGAGCAGAGUGUAAAACAUCUGCUUCUAGUCGGUUACUCUCCACGGAGUCUCACGGGUGAUGAUAACGACAUCCCGACUGACCGCUCCAAUACAGGCGAGCUCUGCUUGUGGGAUGCCGUUUCUGGCAAAGGUGUUACGAUCACCAGCGCGAGAACCCAAAACGUCUUUGAAGUUCUUUGGCAUCCGACCCAGCCCGUAUUCAUUGCUGCUACGUCUCCUGCUGGAUACGCUCUCAAUUUUGAUAGGGUCAAGACACAGGUCCGCAUCUUUAAGCAGGUCGUUGAUAACGGACAUUCCACGGGCCUGGCUUUCACCGAGAUGAAUGCACUCGAUUGUUAUGCUGUGGACAUCAACGAGCUUACAAUCAUGCCCAACAGCCCUCACUUCUGCUUUGUGACUGCCGGCUGCACCGACGGCAAGACAUAUGUCUGGGACACAGCACUUGGCGAUAAGCCCGUCCAAGUGCUGGCUCAUGGUCAGCCUGUCGCGGGAGUCACCGCCGGUGAUGACACGGAUGAUACUGGUGUAAAGUUUACAGCCUGGGGCACGUCGAUGGAUCGCUUUUACACUGGGUCUUCGGACGGCAUCGUCAAAGUCUGGAAUGUGCGGUCUCUGGGAAAGAAGGCUAAAGGCAGAGUCAUUCUUGAGGCCCCAGCACAGAUUUCCUUUGGUGCCUUUUCUCCAGACAAGUCAAAGCUUGUCAUCGGCGAUGCUAGUGGGCGUGUGUUUGUCUUAUCUACGGACCACGACGACGGCAGCCCGCCGUCAUUUGUCAAACUACCAGGCGGCGUCAAGAAACGCGCACCCACGACAAUCACACCACAUGCUGACCCACCACCACCUCGGGGCGUGGCUCUUACAGAUGGUCGAGCGUUGGGCCGGAGGUACGUUGCCAAUGGCCAACUACGUUAUAGUGGCGACCCCACUGUAGGCAUGGUUAAGGACAUGAAAUAUGCUGAGACGGGGCUUUACUGUCGUGAGGCGUAUCUCGGCGGUAACACGCUCAUGCCCGUACAAGCCCACUUUGAGGCGUAUCUGCAG